ACGACUCGGCCGGUAGUGGCGAUGUCUGGUCGGUCCAAGCGUGAAUCUCGUGGUUCUACCCGCGGGAAGCGCGAGUCCGAGUCGCGGGGCAGCUCGGGUCGCGUCAAGCGGGAGCGAGAUCGGGAGCGGGAAGCCGAGGCGCCGAGCUCCCGAGGCAGCCCCGUGCGUGUGAAGCGGGAGGUCGAGCCGGUGAGCGCGCGGGAGGCCCCGACGCUCGCGGUCCCGGCUGUGCGGGUGAAGCGGGAGCGCGAGGCCGACGAGGACUCUGAGCCUGAGCGGGAGGUGCGAGCAAAGAAUGGCCGCGUGGAUUCCGAGGACCGGAGGAGCCGCCAUUGCCCAUACCUGGAUACCAUUAACAGGAGUGUGCUGGACUUUGACUUUGAGAAACUGUGUUCCAUCUCCCUCUCACAUAUCAAUGCAUAUGCCUGUCUCGUGUGUGGCAAGUACUUCCAGGGCCGGGGUUUGAAGUCUCAUGCCUACAUUCACAGCGUCCAGUUUAGCCACCAUGUCUUCCUCAACCUCCACACCCUCAAGUUCUACUGCCUUCCAGACAACUAUGAGAUCAUCGAUUCCUCGCUGGAGGACAUCACAUAUGUGUUGAAGCCCACUUUCACAAAGCAGCAGAUUGCAAACUUGGACAAGCAAGCCAAAUUGUCCCGGGCAUAUGAUGGUACCACUUACCUGCCAGGCAUCGUGGGCCUGAAUAACAUAAAGGCCAACGACUAUGCCAAUGCUGUCCUUCAGGUAGGAUCAGGAUGGAAACUGGGGGAGGAGGUAACCUGGGAACACUAUGAAGGUGAGUCAAGAAAUGACUCCGUUCUGGUAUACCCCAAAGAAUAUAAGACCUACAAGGAGAACUUUCUAAAACGCUUCCAGCUCACCAAGCUCCCUCCAUAUCUCAUCUUUUGUAUUAAGAGAUUCACUAAAAACAAUUUCUUUGUGGAGAAGAAUCCAACUAUUGUCAACUUCCCUAUUACAAAUGUGGAUCUGAGAGAGUACUUGUCUGAGGAAGUACAAGCAGUGCAUAAGAAUACCACCUACGACCUCAUUGCCAACAUUGUCCAUGACGGCAAGCCCUCGGAGGGCUCCUACCGGAUCCAUGUGCUCCAUCAUGGGACGGGCAAAUGGUAUGAAUUGCAAGACCUGCAGGUGACUGACAUCCUUCCCCAGAUGAUCACGCUCUCGGAGGCUUACAUUCAGAUUUGGAAGAGGCGAGAUAAUGAUGAAACCAACCAGCAGGGGGCUUGAAGGAGGAGUUUAGGGUUUUGCUCCCCAGGGCUUUGGCUGAAGAUGUAAUAAUAGCAAAGCUGUAGCUGACCAUAGGCUGACUGGCACAUUCCCUGAGCCAACCCGUUUUGUGGGUUCGGGUUCACACCAGGGCAUCAGAGGGGCCCACCCGCCUGGGAUGGGUCUGCACCGUCACCCAACUGUCCUGAGAUCAGUUGAUUAUAGAUUGAUGCUCCUUUCUCCUUCCUGUCUAGCUCCCCUCUAGUUUCAGCAGGCCAGAACUUUUUAGCAGAUGUGUGUAAUAUCUUUCUGGGCAUCUGGGAGUAUCUGAAGGGCAAGAUGAUGUCUUUUACACAUCAGAGCCUCAGGAUUUUAGGAAUAAGAGCAUGAAGCCAGUAAUAUCCUUCUUCCAUCAUAGGUGUUUUUCCUGUGGUUCACUUCAUUUCCUGAUGUGUAUUUUGGAAUGGAUUAAAUGUUUUCCUGUUUUUAAACCA